AUCGAUUAAAUUCUGGAAUUUGACGUCCUCAUUGGUUUUAUGUGGGGUUGUUUUCGGGUUUCCAGGCGCAGAUAAAUGGUUGGAUCAGAGAGGGGUGAAGAAGAGGUGAAUUAUAGAUUCCGUAGAUUGGAAGAAAUGGGGUCAGAAAAUCAAAAUAUUGUGAAUGGGUUAAACCAGAUUGUUCUUGAACAAGGAGAGAGCAGCAAUAGCUCUCCUCCUUAUUAUUUGGAAAAAUUCACCCUUUACGAAACGUCAACGGAUUUCUACAUGGUUGGAAGAGAUGCAAAAAGAGAGCAUUGGAGAGUGUUAAAAAUUGACAGAUCCAAACCUUGUGAGCUUGUUUUCUGUGAAGAUCCCAAAAUUUAUUCAUAUGAGGCAUGCAAGAGGUUAUUGGCCACCAUAAUUGGCCUCAAAUGUAUUACCGAUUAUUACGGAAUUGUAGGUUUCAUCAAAUUUGUGAAAUCUUAUCAUAUCAUUCUUAUAACUGAGAGGAAAGAAGUUGGGAAGAUUUGGGGUCAUCCGAUAUAUUCUAUAACUAAAUACAGGAUGAUUUCCAUCUCUCAAUCUACUGCUUUGACCUACAUGUAUAAUUCUUCAAAAGAGAAUAGGUACAAGAAACUCUUGCAGCUGGUUGAUAUCAGGGAUAAUUUCUUCUUCAGUUACUCGUACCCUCUCAUGCAUAGGGUACAACAUAAUCUAAAUAGUCAAGAAAUGAGAUUUUCCUAUGAUAACAUGUUCGUUUGGAAUGAAUAUUUAAGUUAUCAAAUUAGGGAGAGUAUCAAAUCUACUAUUUGGACAGUUGCACUAAUACAUGGAUUUUUCAAACAGGUUGAGUUGUGCACUAGUGGAAAGAAUUUCAUUUUAACCCUUAUCGCUAGAAGGUCAUGUCAAUUUGCAGGCACCAGGUAUGAGAAAAGGGGUGUCAAUGAAAAGGGUCAAGCUGCAAAUGAUGUCGAGGUUGAGCAGACAGUUUGGCCAAUUAUUAACAGCAAACGCCCAACUGAAAUUACUUCAAUUGUGCAAAAUCGUGCUUCCAUACCUCUUUGUUGGUCACAAAAGCCUUCAUUGUUUAAUCUAAAGCCUGAUAUCCUACUUUCAGAAGGCAACCACGUCUAUGAUGCAACACAACUUCAUUUCAAAAAUAUGCGCCUUAGAUAUGGAGUGCCAAUUAUUAUUCUGAAUCUGAUUAAGUCGUCCAAAGAAACCCACCGUGAAUAUCUUUUGCAUAAGAAAUUCGAGGAAGCAGUGAAUUUCGUCAAUGCGGAGUUGGAUGUUGAGGAUCGGGUGGAUUUUGUAAGCCUAGACCUCGAUGCCGCCUUCCGAGAUGAGAAAACCGAUGAACUGAAAAAACUUCAAGGUUUAGUUGAAAAUGCACUAAGUAAAACUGGAAUCUUUUCUUAUCAAAUGGCUCAAAAUGUAAACAAUAAAUCUUCACUUGACUCGUCAUAUGUCGGGAUCAACUCAAGUGAUAGCAACAACAUAUGUAAUAACCAGAAGGGGAUCAUAAGAGUAAAUUGCCUCGAUUCUUUAGAUCGCACUAACUUUGCUCAAUAUGUGUAUGGCUUGGUUUCGCUUGGUCAUCAGCUCCAUACUUUAGGAAUAAUUGAAUCCCAAGUGAUCAACAUUGAAGACCCUUUAGCAUGCGACUUGAUGAGCCUUUAUCAGGCCAUGGGUGAUGCCCUUUCUCGGCAAUAUGGUGGGUCUCCAGCGCACCAUAAGAUAUUCUCCAAGAUCAGGGGUCAAUACAAAAUGGCAUCGCAGUUUCAAGAGUUUAUGAAAAGCAUUCAGCGUCAUUGCAGUAAUUCUUUCACAGAUGGUGCUAAGCAACAUGCUAUUGAUUUAUUCUUGGGACAUUAUAAACCUGAAUUUGAAGGUGGUGAAUUGAUUCCCUGCGAAACAAAUUCAGAUCAGAUAGACAAGUGUGGAUGGAUGAAUUACACCUACUUGCAUAACAUAUCCAGGUGUAAUCCAUGCAUCUAUUCAGACUUCGACAGGCUAUUGUUUGAAAGCAAUGCUGACGAAGCUGGUCAUCAAUGCUUGACAGGACCACCUGGAAGUCCGCAGCAUGAGUCGCAAGAAGGGUAUGUUUGACAGAAAUUCAUGAUAAAAAAAAAAAAGGAUUUGAACCUGCUGCUGAGCUUAAGUGUGCUAAGUUCAUAUCAUAUUUGCAGGUUUCCUUUGGUGCAGUUUCCUGCUGGAUCAUAAUGUGUCUAGUCUGAAUCAAGAACCAGCGCUUGUUGAACUUUUAACCAUUGAGGCCCUUUAAAUUUUGUGAAAGCUUUGCAGAACGCAAAUUCUUGACAUUGCCCUGGUAGAAAGAGAGGAAAGCUUGGCAGAACGCAAAGAUCUUGUCAUUGCCCUGGUAGAAGAGAGGAUCUAUCUUCCUUUGAAGGAAGCAAUUGUUUGGUGAAGUGUGGAGUGAUAUUCAUCUUAUGCAGGCAUCUUUGUACCCUGGUUCCGCAUACGCAGUUUGUAGUUCCGAAUACAGAGAAUUGAAGGUAUAAUAGAAAUACAGAAUAGAAACAUCUCAGAUUUUACGUACUCAGUAUUAUACAUUUCAUAUCAAAUACUCAAGUCACAUUACUUGACUUAUCAAAACACAAAAGAUCUAAAGUCCAACUCUUGAGCAAAUACCCGUAACUAAUACAGUUGCUCAGCUCUGGCAUCUGAAUUAAUCAGAAACCCAGAUGCUAAGAUGGCUUGCUUCACAUUUCAUACCCAAACAAACACUGAACAGUAGAGGCACACUUCAGGUUUCACGUACUGGUACAAUAAAUAGUAGAGCAUUACAUCGUCAUUAUUUUGGGCAUCAUUGUCUACUGCCCCUAAGGUUUAUUGUGCCAACACAUGGAUUGCUCCUCCCCAUGGAUGAAUACAUGAUCGCAACGUCAUCAUUACCCCAGAGAAGGGUUGAAUCUUACAGAAAGAUGCUAUGGAGUAUGAACGUCUUGAAAGUGCCAGUUAUAUCCAGAAGUUAUGUUACAAGACAAGAGGAACACAGAUGCUACAUAUUUUGAACUUUAGAAAAUUAGAAUUUGAAUAUUGUUUUUGCCAUCUUUGCAUACAUUGACCGUUGUUCCUUGGAUAAAUUAUACUGUCAUACAGUAGAUGUGUAGAGUUAUGUCACUUCUUGAUGCUUUAUCAUUUAAU